AUGGGCCUGAAGAAGAAGAAGUUAACGGAAGGGCAGACCCGGCUCUACAUUACUAGAGGUCAAGCAAUUAAAAAACUACAAAUUUCGCUCAAGGAAUUCCAAAGGCUAUGUAUAUUAAAGGGUGUCUAUCCAAGGGACGUGGCCAGAGGAGGGGCUUUUGCCACGAAGGGAGUCAAUCGGGCGCAUAUAAAAUCUAACAAAUUGUACUAUCACAUCGCAGAUAUAACAUAUCUAGCUUCGGGGGAUCUUUUGAACAAGUUGAGGGAGAUGAGGAUAUUCGUUAGGAAGCGAAAGAAGCUGGAGCACAAAAAGCAGUUGUACGACGCCAAGAAGAUGGGGGAUAGGAAGCCAGUUUAUCCCCUUAAACAGAUCGUCAAGGAACGCCAUCCCACUCUCACUCACGCGAUACAACACUUAGACGAUGCCCUCACGACACUCGCCGCCAUUGCUGGUAUUACGGGUAUACCUGGAGAUGAGAAAGCAAGGGUGCCAGCAGUAGUGGUGCGCAAAUGUUUCAAGAUAAUCAACGACUUCUAUUCUCUAAUCGUAUAUCUUCAGGCUCUAAAAUGCGGAUUUAUCUCAAUCAAGGGUUACUACUUCCAAGCGAAGCUACUCAACAUUCCAGUGACAUGGCUAAUUCCCCACGAAUUCCCACAAGAUUUGCCAAGGGAAGUAGAUUUUAAAGUCAUGCUAACCUUCGUGGAAUACUACCAAGUGCUUGUUACCCUGGUGACUGAGAAGAUGUAUUCUUUGUGUGGAUUAGCCUAUCCGCCGAAGCAAAAAUUUGAAAGUUUAGGUUUUAUCGGCUCAGAAAUGGAACGCGAUAUGGCCGUAGAGCCAGAGGUUCUUCCCGGUAAAGGCAUCUUUGCAGGGCUAACUUUCUACAUACACAGAGAAGUCCCACUAAUACCUAUUGCGUUGGCAUUAAUGGGAUCUGGGGCUCAUGUUGGAUUUCAGGGUCAAAACUCGCCAUUUAACGAGGAUUACCAGGGCAUAACCCACCGAGUUGUGGAUCGGCCAAUGAAAAGCUUAAACUCACAACCAAACACAGAGUUGGUGCAGCCACAAUACGUAUUUGACUCACUGAAUUUGCAGCAAUUGUUGCCUGUUAGAAAUUACUCACCCGACGCUAAAUUGCCCCCUCACAUUUCGCCGUUUGAGGAGAAGGAAAAUGAUGAUAUUCUGGAAAUUGAUCCUCUAUCCAAGAGCAUGCUGCCAAAGAAAUAUAGAAGAUUGGUGUCCAAAGUUGAACACAGGCAGCAGCGUGCGUCUGCAUCUAACGAUAUUAAAAUUGGCUAA